AUGCAGAAGCUCGCCAGGCGAGUCGCCCAGGCGCAGCGUCAGGCCGGCCGCCGAUCGCGGCAGCGCGUGGAGCGGGAAAACAUUGACAACCGGACGCGCAACCGCCAAGCGCUGCGAGCUGGCGUCGCCGAGGUCAGGCAGAAUCUCAAGGAUGCCAAGCAGGCCCGGCAGGAGGACUGGGAGAUGGGCCCUCUGGCGCCCAAGCGAGAUCUCGGCUUCAACAACUACGGCGCCUUCCGGGAGACUGUCCGUCAGGACUGGACGAAUCAUGGCCUGCACCAGCCCCGUCCCGAACUGCUUCACCAGCGCUGUGCCUGGGCCGGCGGCGUCAAGCAGCUCAACCUCGCCGUCGGCGACCGCGUCGUCAUCCGAGACGGGCCCGACAAGGGAAAGCUGGACACGAUCAAAUCCAUCCAGCCGGAGAGCGGGACCGUCACCCUAGAGAAGCACCACAGAGCGCUCGCCGUCGGCAUGUUUGACAGCCCAGCCCGGUCACAGGCGAUGCCCAUUUCCGUCGGCUCCAUCCGCCUCGUAUACCCCAUCACGAAUCCCGAGACGGGCGUGACGCGCGACGUCGUCAUCAACCAGCUCAAGGCCGUCCCACCCAACAUGAAGUCGGAGAAUAUGACUCUCGACAGGUGGGAGUUUGGCAAUAAGUGGGAUCGUCUCGUUCCCGGAAUCAACGUCGUCAUUCCCUGGCCCGAGGUUGAGGCUCCCGAGUUUGAGGCAACCCCCUCCGAUACGGUCCGCGAGCAGGUCGAGGAACGCACCUUUUACUACAGCCUGCUGUCGCCCCCGAUGCCUGGCAAAGUUAUCGACGAACUGCGGAAUAAGUACUCGAGGUUCCGCACCCGUCACGAACCCUCCUACAUUGCGCAGAAGCAGAUGGAGGAGGAACUCGUCCAAGCUCGAACCGAAGCCAUCAAGUCGAUGCAGACGCCCCUCGACGAGUUCCACGAGAUGCAGCGCGAAAUUCGCGACUCGCAGGGCGAGCCAGAGCUUACCGACGACAUGCUGCAGAAGAUUGGCGAAGUCAUGGCCAGUAAGAAAGCUGCGCUCCUCACCGAAGCCGGCGUGAGCGAGGUGCACCCGCCUUCUUUACCGACCGCUGGAUCGCAAUGA